GCGGGGCCGGUAGCGGCGGGAGCUGCGCUGGCCAGGGGUUCCGGCUGUAUUUCUAUGAGCGCAGCCGGCAGCCGCGGAGCUGCAGGAAUCGGAGUCCGGGCUAGCUGGACCGCUGGAGUCAACGAGCGCAGCUUUUAGAUUAAUUUGAAUACAAGAUCAGAUCUGACUGGCCCAAGUGUUCAACUAACUCUUCAAGGAAUAUCCACAUUCUCCGUGAGAGGAAUAACAACGUAGAGCAAGAUGAAUGCCAUGCUGGAGACCCCCGAGCUCCCCGCCGUGUUUGACGGGGUGAAGCUGGCUGCUGUGGCUGCUGUUCUCUACGUCAUCGUGCGGUGUUUGAACCUGAAGAGUCCCACUGCCCCUCCUGACCUCUACUUCCAGGACUCCGGGCUCUCACGCUUCCUGCUUAAAUCCUGUCCUCUUCUGACCAAAGAAUACAUCCCACCACUGAUCUGGGGGAAAAGUGGACACAUCCAGACAGCCCUGUACGGGAAGAUGGGGAGGGUGAGGUCACCACACCCUUACGGUCACCGCAAGUUCAUCACCAUGCCAGACGGAGCCACUUCUACGUUCGAUCUCUUCGAGCCCUUGGCAGAGCACUGUGUUGGAGAUGACGUCACCAUGGUCAUCUGUCCUGGAAUUGCCAAUCACAGCGAGAAGCAGUAUAUCCGAACCUUUGUUGACUAUGCCCAGAAAAAUGGCUACCGGUGUGCAGUGCUAAACCAUCUGGGAGCCCUACCCAACAUUGAGCUGACCUCCCCACGCAUGUUCACCUAUGGUUGCACGUGGGAGUUUGGAGCCAUGGUGAACUACAUCAAGAAGACAUAUCCCCAGACCCAGCUGGUCGUCGUGGGGCUUCAGCCGGGCGGUACCAUCGUGUGCAAAUACCUGGGGGAGACGCAGGCAAACCAGGAGAAGGUCCUGGCUGCGGUCAGCGUGUGCAGGGACAGCGCGCUGAGGGCCCAGGAGACCUUCAUGCAGUGGGACCAGUGCCGCCGAUUCUACAACUUCCUCAUGGCCGACAACAUGAAGAAGAUCAUCCUGUCUCACAGACAAGCUCUUUUUGGAGACCAUGUUAAGAAACCUCAGAGCCUGGAGGACACGGACUUGAGCCGGCUCUACACAGCAACAUCCCUGAUGCAGAUUGAUGACAAUGUCAUGAGAAGUUUCCACGGCUAAUACAUCCUGAAGGAAUACUAUGAGGAAGAAAGCUGCAUGAGAUACCUGCACAGGAUAUACGUGCCUCUUAUGCUGGUUAAUGCAGCUGACGACCCCUUGGUGCACGAAAGCCUUCUGACCAUUCCAAAGUCUCUCUCAGAGAAACGGGAGAACGUCAUGUUUGUGCUGCCUCUGCAUGGGGGCCACCUGGGCUUCUUCGAGGGCUCCGUGCUGUUCCCUGAGCCUCUGACAUGGGAUGAUAAGCUGGUGGUGGAGUAUGCCAAUGCCAUAUGCCAAUGGGAAAGGAAUAAGUCCCAGUGCUCAGACACGGAGCAGGUGGAAGCCGAGUUAGAAUGAGGCCUCCGGACUCUGGUGUGCUCCUGCAGCCCUCCCCUGGAACCCGCGGCUGUUUCAGGUCUCCCAUCUCCCUCAGUGACCUGGAUCUGACCUCGUACCAUCAGUGGGGGCACCCAUCAUACAACCUGUCUUAAGUAGGGCGGCUCCCUGGGAGCUCCAGGCUAUUUUUGUGCUUAGUUACGGGUUUUCUCCGGUGCGUGGUUAGCCAUGGUGGCAAGCUACAAGAUUCUCACCCUUCUGUCCAGCUUCGGUAAUCUGAUUGCUUUCAUGCCAGUUGUAUCUAGUUUUCCUAUUUAAGGACCCGCAGCUGAGUUGCGGUCUUGCUUUGCCAAUCAAAUGGCCCUCUCUCUGAGAACCGUGAAGGGAUAUAUGUCACUUGGUGAUGGUUGUAUGUGCCCUCAUAGAGUCCCCCAACAAGAAGUCAGCAUCUCUGACCAAUGCUGAAGAAAGGACUUAGCUUGGAAGUCUAAGAGCCUGGUGGCAUCCUGGGCCUUAGUUUUGCCACUGAAAUGAAGGAAAUUUCUUGAGUCUAAAGCCAGUUCUUUCUCACCGUCUUCCUGAGACACCUUCCUCCCACCUUGCUGCUGCUGCUGCUGCUGCUGAGAGUUGCGUGGGGCACUUGUCUAAAAAUUCAGCCUCUCAGAUCCCUCCCCUCGGAGAGGCUGACUCAGUGGGUUUGGGGAGGGGUCUGGGGAUUUUAAUUUUUGACAAGUGCCCCAGGGAAUUCUCAUCACCCACGCCAAAACUGAGGGAAACCCCACACUGUAAUACAGCCCCUUUAAAUUAGGAACAUCUUGGUGGCUCGUUUCAUUGACAUUCGUAAGCCGCGGUGUCUCUUUGCUCCCAGGGACCUCCGAAGCAGCACUGUCUGUUUUAUGGCUGCCUUUGUGUGAUCUCAGUGCGGUGUCCCUAAAAGGGAGAGGACAUUUGGGCUGAGCCUUAGCUCUGCUUCUUCCCAGGUGGUGUGAUCCUGGAUAAAUCCCUUUGGACUUGACUCACUUCCCCCUAUUAAAUGGGGGACUUGGACCAGGUAGAUUGCUGAGAUGACCACCCUUCUAAAGUCCAGCAACAAACCUCGGUAUACUGAGGUUUGAGUGAGCCUCCCUCUGGGGGAGCCUGGGAGCAAAUGACAGGACUCGCAAUUUUUCUCCUUUCCCCAUUUCACAUAAAGAGAUUUAGAGUCUUAAUCACUCACUUGUAAUUUUAGGUUUUCAUCCCAGGUCCAUCUCACUCUGGGUUUUGAUACCAAACAAUCAAAAGUUGGAUCUGAGUUUGGAGAAAUGGAUUUCCAGCUGGGAGGAGAGGAUAUUCUUUGGAAGUCAGCAUGUGGUUAAAUAGCCUCUGUGUGUUGUCUAUUGGGUAAGGCUUUCCAAGCUGUCUGCUCGAGUGGGCGCGUCACUCUGAGGUUGAAGUACUCUUCUCUUAGCCUUGUGCACUUGGUUCCCUGAGAACCUUCACUUUGAAAAAUCCGCAGUUCCUCUCUGGAAUUAAAUGGACCUGUGGAUGAAUUGCUUCAUCUUCUUUGGCUCCAGGACUGAAUGAAAAUACAGUAGUGGAUCUGUGUGGAUAUUUAUGGAGCCACCUGUACCCCCGAAUGCCAGUCCUCAGGGCUGCAGGUGCAAUAGAGAGUGUGGGCAUUGGCCUGAGAGAUUGUGACAGGAAUGUCUGUAAACUGCAGAGCUGCUCUCUGACAAUCACUAGGUCACCCCGUAACGUCCUGAAUGGACAUUCUCCCUGAAACACAGAGAUGUCUGAGGUCCCCAGUUUCCUUUGCUAUAAUCUCUUCACGCUCAACAAAUUCUGUCACCGUGUCCCGCCAAUGGUUGUCAUUUUUCUGUUGCUUUUUUUUUAAUGUUCCCUUGGCACAGAUUGGCACUUUAUCAUUCAUCCCUCAAUUUGGAAGCUAACUCUUCUCUGUCAGUUUUCCCUCCACCCAGCUGCAGCUGUUAAAGGACUCAGAGUUCCUGCUGCUGCCUUUAUCCCUUAAGACUUGGAAAGAAAGCCAUAAGGGACUAGAGUUGUCACCAUCCCUAGUAAGGGGCUCCCUCCAUUUGCCUGAUGUCAUCUCUUUCCAAGUCCUGACUAAGCAGUAGCUUGGGUACCACCUGCUUCAGAGAAAAGUCGCCCUGCUGUCACACCUAGGAGGAUGUGGGGGACUGUCCUGGGAGCCUGAUCUUUGCCACACUACUGGAAGUCCAGCCCCUAACACUGGGGGAGGGGACUUGUGCCAGCUGCAAUCUCCGCAGUGUGUGGCUCUGAAUGGCACUGGCGUUCCAUUUUGCUUCACAUGAAAUCAACUGGAGCUCUUUAUUCCAGCUCCGGGCCCUCAGGCAUGGAAAUGAGACCGUGGCCAUGGCAGUUCUGACAGGAAAAAAUUCUUGUUUGGCCCCUGAAUGAGAGCACAGACGCAUGAAUGUGGAGGUGGCAGCUUGCCUAAUGAAUGAGGGGACAGCCCUUUAUGUAGGUCAGCCCCUCUCCUUCCUCUGCGCUCCUUGCUUUCUUUCCAAAGUCAUCCAUUUCUAAUGAUGAUGUGAAUUGCCCGCUGGCUCUCAAGGACUAACCUGAACCAAAGGCUGAAGUUGUGGAGAACAUUUGAAUAUUCUGUCCUAAAAAUCAAGAAUGUAAAUUAAAGAGAACUAGACAAGUCCUAUGGCAAGAGUAGCAUUAAAACCCAAAUGCAGAAGGCACCCACAUUACCCUAGUUGUGAUCCAAAUAAUUGGAAGACAUUGUCUUCGGUCAAAUUAGCUUGGAAAAAAAAAUAAAUGAUCAAGACCGUGUAGUUAGCAGGGACGUUCCCAGGCUUGAGAACCUGUUUUUACUGCGGUGACUUUGCACCGUCCACCCCUGAGCAGAAGGGCUGUGGGAAGUUUGGCCAUACCAUCCGUAUUCUUUUCGUUUCUGUGGUAUCUCACAGUUACAGGGGAUCUUAGGAGCUCCUGGAAUGUUCCCGAAAGGGAGGUCUUCCUUCGCUUGCAUGGCAUUCCAUUACCAGGGUCAGGAGGCCUGUCUUCUCGUCCCCAGUGGCUCUGACUCAUGUUGCAUCAUCUCUAAAACUGCUUCGUCCACUUUCCGGAUCAUUUGCUCAGGUCGCUGCUAACCAUUUUCUGAAGCUGCAGGUAGAAACAGGUGAUUCGCGACCCCUAAGCUCUUCUUGAGAGGACUUGGAGAGAAGGAGCAUGCCCAUUCAGCUUUUCCUAGUUAGAGGACCCUGGACAGAGUCCAAAGCCAUCUUAGCCUCUCUUCCUGUCUUCACCAUUAAGGCAUUUUCCUCGCCAUUCUAAGGGUGGUCCUGUGACCGUGACAGGUGAGGGCCACCAGUCAUUAGGAAAGUACCUCCGGCCUUCAGUGUGACCAGGCAAAGCAUGGACGAUUGCCAGAAGUCCUUCCUGUGCAGGCUGGUUCUGAACCCAGAUUGCCCUCAGCUGAGGCCUUCUGGGUAGCUGAGCUGAGAAGGCUGGCAUCCGGAUGAGAGCUCGCUUUGUAAGUGACUGACUUGAGGUAGAGUUUGCCAGCUCUGGGGACACAAGCACAUGUGUUCUUGUUUGUGUUUGCCCUGGAAGCAGGUGCUGGAGAUGGGGAAGGCUUCUCUUUUCCCAUGGCCUUGAUUCUGACUUUGAGUGACAGUUUGGACAGAAGAAGAAACUGGAGAAACAAACAAACAAACAAACAGUGUAGUUGGAGGAACUCCUGGGUUUCCCUGUAGACACACAGGAAAGUUGUUAGGGAGCAUGUCACUUCAGCGUCCUGUCACGGUCUCACCUGGAACUGUUUUCCUUACCCAGAAAGCCUUAACUUGCCUCUAGAAAAUCCCCUGGUAUGACAACACUAUGGGCUUAAGAAUUCAAACUCUUCUGCUUUGAAAGCUUGAAGCCAAGGCCACAGUCAACCAGAGAAUUUCCUCAGGUGGCCCGGAGGCUCCUGUGACAUCCCCCCCCCACCUCACACCCCCACCACCACAGGCGGCCUGGAACCGCCCCUCCACCUGUCUUCUUUGCCUUACUCUUCUGAAAGCCACUUUGGAUCACUCGGAUGCUUGCGGGGGGGGGGGGGGGGGGGGGGGUUGCUCGGUAUUGAGGUGGCAAGCGGUUGGGGGCCAGGCUUCUUCCACGUGGUAUCUAAGCAAAGGACAGUGUCCCCUCCUCGUAAACCAGGACUGUUUGUCCUGAACUGUGGCUACAGCUAAGGACACAGGAGCAGGCCUCUACUGGCUAAGGAACCAGAACGGCACCCAGAGCAAAGGCUACCCCGCCGGCUUGUCUCUGCUGCCUCCAGGUGCUUUGCGACAGCCCGGCAUCCUCUGGUUGUGGUCCUUAGAAACAGGCCACACAGUCCGGCUUGCCAACAGCCCCCAGACACCCAGAACCUAGACCGCUGUCCCUUUUGGAAGAGUCCGUCCUCCAUGUUUUCCAACUGUGUUCCUAGCUUGUGUGUAGGUAGAGCUUUCACCGAUGCCUAAUAAAGAAGUUGAAAUUAAUUUCUAAUUGGUAGAUUAAGUCUGACACCCUGAGUCUCGUGAAAGUUCUCAGCCUCUAACUAGACUCCUGUCAGCAAAAUACAUAACCUUCCGUCUCCCCACCUCUGGUCCCCUUUAGCCAAGUAAUCUUCUAUUGCCAUAAACUGGGGACAGGCCACUUCUGACCCCUGCAGAAGUUCCCUCAGUCUAAGUGGGCAUUCUGCCCCCAGACCACACCCACAGAGCAGUCAACGUCGCCUAAAACAAUUGCCAACCUCCUUGGUCCCCAAGGCCAAUCACUGCUCUCUCAGGCUGCUCCCGUGAGGGAACCCAGUUCCCGGCUAUAGGAGCUAGGCUUUGGUCUCCAUUUUGGCCUCUUUAGUUUCCCUAAAGCACAAGUCGGUGUAGAAUGCUGUCACCUCCCCAUCCCCACACCCGUUCCAGGUGACCUGGGUCUCUCCCACAGCCUCAGGCAGACCUUCACUGUACCUGAGUUACUUUUCCCCCACUGCCGUGGCCUUAGUGACCCAGGACUGGGGCUGGGGCGGGGAAGGAGGCCAGUUCACCUCCCUACAUCCCCCCCCCACACCCCAAACUCCAACCAACCGGUCUUACGUUGGCAGAACUGCUUCCAGAUUGAUUUCUGAGAACCAUCACUUUGACAUUCCUGAUUCUUGCCCAUUUCAUUUUGAUCUCUCUGGGUUUUACGGAACUCCAGAUGCUGCCCUGGAAAUACCGUAUUUUGGAGUCCGUGCUCUGAAAGCCCCUGCCUGUGCUGCUGCGUCUUUCGACGCCCCCAGCAGCAGGCGUUUCGGACUUGCACUUAACAAUGCAACUUUUUCUAAAUACGAGGAUAUUUACCUUUAAUAAGAAAUUAUACUAAGCGACGGCGUCCUUGAUUGUUUUAUGGUCUCACGUUACUUUUGAUUCUACUUUGAUUCCGUGUGGUGGUGAACAACAAAGAUCAUUACAAACAAAAACUGUAAUUUUGUUAUCUUUGAUUCAAUGGAAUUUCUUUACUUAAAAUAAAGAGUAAAAAGUG